AUGGCGAGACGCAAACACGGGAAAGGGGGCCCAGGAGGGCAGCUGUCGGGGGCCCCAGAGGAAGCAGCAGCUGCUGCAGCAGGAGCUGCAGCAGCAGCAGACACAGCAGCACACGCAGCAGUAGACGCAGCAGCAGAAGCCGCAGAAACAGAAGAUGCUGCUGCUCUCCACGCUGCAGAUAACGCAGCAGGACCUGCUGCAGCAGCAGCAGAACCGGCAGGUACAGCAGCAGCAGCAGCAACAGCAGCAGCAGGAUCAGCAGAGGAGGCAAUCGCAGCAGCACAAGCAAUACACGGACCAACGGAAGCAAACGAAGCAGCAGACGCAGCAGCAGAUGCAGCAGCGGAUGCAGCAGCAGAUGCAGUUGCAGCAGCAGCGGCAGCAGAAGCGGCUUCUGGGCCUCACAGCUCGCCGCUGGUACCAUUUGAAGGGGUCGCGCAGCAGCAGCAGCAGCAAUGGCAGCAGCAACAGCAGCAACAGCAACAGCAGCAACAGCAGCAGGUCUGUCGUGAGCCCGAGCCGCUGGAUAUUCAGAAGCAGGAGCAACAAAAGCCUCAGCGCGAAGAGAAGCAGCAGCAGCAGCACCAGGAGCAGCAGAAGCCGCAGCAGCAGCAGGACCAGAAAGAAAAACGAGCUCAGCAGCACCAGCAGCCGCAGGAACAGCAAGAGCCUCAGCAGCAGCAGCAGCGAGCAGAGCAGCAACACCAAGAGGAAGUGCAGCAAACGGAGCAGCAGCAGCCGGGUCAGCAGCAGGAGCAAAGUCAGAAGCAGGAAGCGCAUCAGCAGGACGGACAAGAGAAGCCGCAGCGGCAGCAAGAAGAGCAGCAGCAGCACGAGCAGCAGCAAAAGAAUGAACAGGAGCAGCAGCGGGGGCAGCAACAGGGGCAACCGCAGCAGCACCACGAGCAACCGCAGCAGCAACAGGAAACGCAACAGCAGCAGCAGCAGCAGCAGGAGAACGUAGCAAAAGGUGCGGCGGAGCAGCAGACUGAGAAGCAGGCAGCUGACGAAACAGAAGCAGCAGCGACAGCAGCGGCAGCAGCAGCAGCAGCAAAGGCGCAACCCGAAGAGAACGAGGCCACAGCAGCAGCUCCAGAAGCAGCUCCAGAAGCAGCUGCAGCAGCAGCUGCAGCAGCAGCUGCUGCUGCUGCAGCAGCAGAGGCAAACCAAGACCUCUCAGGUGUCUCCGUAUCUUCCAAAGACACACAAGGGAAUAAGGCGCCGCCCCAGACCAGCAGCAGCAGCAGCAGCAGCAGCAGCAGCAAUGUGCCGCCCCCAGUUGUGCCAGUCAGCGAGGCUGUGGGGUCGCGUGCUGCUGCCUCCCCACUUCCAACUGCAGCAGCACAAGCAGCACCAGCAGCAGAGGCAGCAGCAGCACUAGCAGCAGAGAUAGCAGCAGCAGCACCGAAAGCAGAGGAAGCAGCAGAAAGGCCAACAGCAGAAGCAGCAGCAAGGCGACCAGCUGCAGCAGCAGCAGCAGCAGCAGCAUCCCCGCAAGCAGCAUCUGUGUCUUCCCAGCCAGAAACCGCAGCAGCAACACCCGUUCCAGAAACAGAAACAGCAGCAGCAGCACCGGCAGCGGCAGCAGCAACCCCAGCAGCAGCAGCAGCAGCAGCAGAAGAGUGGUUUCCCAUCAAAACAAUAAAUGCUUUUGGGGCCCCCAGACGCAUUUUGCUGCAGGCAAAUAAUGGGGCCUGUCCGCUGCUGGCCAUUGCGAACGCCCUCAUACUUAAGGGGCAGCUGGAGCUGCCGCCGCAGCAGCAGCAGCAGCAGCACGGGCAGCAGCAGGAGCGAAUCAGCAGCAACGAGCUGCUGCAGCUGCUCUCGGAGCUGCUGCUGCUGCAGGAUACCCCAGGGGCUGAAGACCCAGAGGCCCACGCAUACACAAUCGGCGAUGCAAGUAGUGGAGAAGUGUACGUGUACCUGGACACUGACGGCCUGAUGGAUGCAAAGGAAAUCGACCGGCAGUGUCGAUUGCCUUCGACAGUGCCAUCUGCUGCUGCAGCAGCAAGGCGCCACCAGCACCUGCGGCAGCAGCAGCAGCAGCAGCAGAAGCAGCAGCAGCAGCAGAAGGCCCCCUGCGCUGAUGACGACUGGGAGGAGGUCCCCUCGGCGUCCUUCUCCCCCGCCGAUGAACACAGCAGCAGCGGCGGCAGCGAGAGCCCCAGUAGCAGCAGCAGCAGCAGCGAGUUCAAUGGAAAGACAAGGAGUGAGGAGGAGUUCGGCCCUGGCUGCUGCGACGAGUCCGGCAGCCCCAGCCCGACUUCAGCAGCAGCAGCAGCAGCAGCAGCAGCAGCGGGUCCCGCGGCAGCAGCAGCGGGUCCCGCGGCAGCAGCGGCAGGUUCAACAAGAGCAGCAGAAGCGGAGGCUAGGGAGAAGGACCCUUUGAAGGCGCCUGCGUCGCCGCGGUGGGCGAGCGAUAGGGACAGCAGCAGCAGCAGCAGCAGCAGCAGCAGCAACGGCAGCAGCAGCAACCGCUCAUCUGGCGACACCUCCAGUCGGAGAAGUUUGACGGUCGAUUUUUCAUCGGGUCGAGGAUGCCCAGCAGCAGCUGGCUCUCCGAGCCCCGCUGCAGCAGCAGCAGCCGUUCCCGCUGCAGCAGCAGCCCCCAGCGCAGCAGCAGCAGCCGCAGCAGCAGGAGCGAUCCCGAGCGGCUCCGCCCGCCGCACGCGCACGCCGACGGCGUUCCCGAGCGCCGCGGCGGGCGGCGCAGCCCCCCCCCCCCGCAGCAGCAGCCGCAGCAGCAGCAGCAGCAGCAGCAGCGGGGAGUGGCUGCGGGGCUGUUUGCUGCUGUUCCCGCUGAAGGUGAGCAGCGGCGAAGGCAUCCACGAGGGCUGCGUGAGGCCCCUCGUCGCCUACAUGUCCCUCCCCUGGUCUUUGGGGAUGAUCGCGGGCCGCGGGCAGCAGGCCUUCUUCUGCAUAGGCUACCAGGGCGACUGCAUGCUGUACCUCGACCCCCACUCCAGGAUCCAGUCGCCCGCGUUGGAGCUGGGUUUUGCAACGCAGAUGUCUCUCUUCGGCAGCAAGCCGUGGAAGCAAGGCCUGGGCCACUUGAAUGCUUCUUUUGCGUUGGCUUUUUAUGUGGGGUCUCCGCUGCAGCUGCUGCUGCUGCAGCAGGAGCUGCAGCGGAUAGAGCAGCAGCACCCCUCCUGCUGGCUGCUGUCUGCGGGGAAGCCACACUCCCAGCUGAAGCCGCCGAAGCGCCCGAAGCCCCCGAGACACCGGCGACACCCGCAGCAGCAGCAGCAGCAGCAGCAGCAGCAAACGGCUUGCGAAGCCAAUUCCCUUUCCAAGCCAGAGAGGGCGGCGCCCACGACGGCAGCAGCAGCCAGAAGCCAACAGCCAAAGUUGCAGAUCCCACUGCAGCAGGGGCCGGCGCCGCCGCAGCAGCAGCAGCCGGAGCUGCAGCAGGAGCAGCAAGACAGCGAGCAGCACCAGCAAAAGAGAAGCUGCUUGAGCCUGGCCUUGCCCUCUUGUGUGCAGCCGCUUUGCCGGGCGCCAGACUUUCCCUCUUCGAACGAGUCGUGGCUGUUUGCCCCGCAGCAGCAGCAGGAGCAGCAGCACCAAGAGCAGCAGGAGCCGCCCCAGCAGCAGCAGCAGCAGCAGGAGCAGCAGGAGCAGCAGCAGGAGCAGCAGCAGGAGCAGCAGGAGCAGCAGCAGGAGGAGUGCCGCGGGGGCCUCAGGAGGCACAUGUGCCUCACCAUUCCCUCCUCCCCGCUAGACAAUCCGCAAUCUUCUGAGGGCUUCGUGCUGCUGCAGACAAGAGGACAAAUCAGCAGCAACCAAACUUCUCCAAGACAAACAGAUUUGCUGACGGAAAGAACUUUGGCUUGUUUGCUGCAGGUGUCGCCGCAGGAGUGGGCGCAGCUGCUGCAGCCCCGCAGGGCCAUAGAGUGCGGCGGCGCCUACGCGCUGCCUGCUGCAGCAGCCGACGGCUGCUGCAGCAGCGGCAGCAGCAGCAGCCGCGGCUGCAGGACGCGCAGGGGCAGCAGCUGCAGCAGCUGCAGCAGCUGCAGCACGUUCCAGUUUGCUUCCCCUCGCCCGCCAGCUUCAGCUGACGUUUUAUAUGCUGACGAAUUCGUCUCAGUGCCUUCCCCGCCUCUCAGCAGCUCGAGGCGUUUUCUGCUGCCCCCGGCCCCUGCUCCUGCUGCUGCUGCAGCACCUCUGCAGCAGCAGCACCCCCACCAAAUGCAGCUCAUGAUCCUACCCCAGCAGCAAACACUGCUCCAGCGGAUGCAGAAAGAAUGCACUGAACUGCCGCCACCUCUGAGCAGCAGCGGCAGCACCAGCAGCAGCGGCAACCACUCGGGUUCCCCCGAGCAGCAGAAGCAGCAGCAGCAGCGAGACAAGCAGCAGCAGCAGCAGCAGCAGCAGCAACAGCAACAGCCAUUGCAGGAGCAGCAGCACCCCAGCGGCGCUGCCGGGAUGCUUCGCUCCCUAUUUUCGCUCUCCUUCCGUGGCUAUUCCAAAGGAACGCCUGUUGCAGCUGUCUUUCCUGCCGCAGUCAAGGAGCCAACAAACAGCAGCAGCAGCAGCAGCAGCAGCCGGCAGGAAGCAGAAGCUGCCUUGUCCCCUCGGAGCAAACAACAGCUUGAUGUUCCUUCAACGAGUGCUGUCACUCCAGAAGAGCCUCAAGGGACCUGCUGCUCUCCGUCGAAAGUGCAGCAGAGCCGUGUCUCAGGUAAGACGCAGCAGCAGCAGCAGCAGCAGCAGGUGGCUUCCCCCAUGUCUGGUGACGUCUUUGCUGGUGCGGCGGGGCCUGGGCACAAGACUGGAGCAGUAGCACUUGAAGGAGCCCCGAGCCCAGCAGCAGGACUUGAGGAUGCAGCAGCUGUUGCUGCGGCAGAGCCAGCAGAAGCUGCUGCUGCCGGAGCAGCAGCAGCCACUGCUGCAGCAGCGACAGUCCCUGAAAAGCAGACAUACAGGACU